AUGCCAAAAUGCGAAACACAUUUUGGGUUCAAGUUGCUGAUGGUGAUUGUUGCCGCUCCGACUGCUGUUUCUGCUCCCGCUGCUGAUGUUGUUUUUGAACUUAUCAACACGCCGAUCACUUGCGACAGUUUCCGUUUUGCCUCAGAUACAUACACAUGUACUCACCCAUUGAGACAGGACCUAAUUGCCCCGCACCCAGUUACAGUUACAGUUUCAGUUCCAUUCCCACAACCACCGAACCAUCGAACCCUCCAACCCAAACCCAAGCCCAAGCCCCCGCUCAAGGUGAGCAAUGUAAAAACUUCCUGUGCACUCAUUUAG